GAAGUGGAGGAGCAGGAAAAGGAGGAGGAGGAGGAGGAGGAAGAGCAGGAGGAGCAGCAGGAGCAAGGAAGCAGCAGUAAUUCAGACUAAGCCGCACAUAUUGAUUAUUAUCACUGGAGGCACCAUAUGUAUGGAUUAUGGAGGAGAACUCUCAUCUUUGAGGCCUCAGAGACUGGCGCAGCGGCUGCAGCAACUACCAGAACUACGUGAUUCCUCUCUUCCUAACUUUGAUGUUCUCGAGUGGGAAACACUUGUCGACAGCAGCGACAUAUCUGUGGCUCACUGGCAACGCCUCGCUACUCAAAUACAGCAGUUCUACGAUCCAUAUGAUGGAUUCGUCAUUUUGCAUGGAACGGAUACGUUGGCGUACACCGCCUCCGCGCUGUCGUUUAUGCUGGAGAAUUUAGCGAAGCCCGUGGUUCUCACGGGCUCGAUGCUUCCUAUGCUGCAUAUAGCAACAGAUGCAAAGCGAAAUUUGGUAGCCAGCAUGUUGAUCGCUGGCUGCUCGGAGCUGCGGGAGGUGGCAGUCGUGUUUGGUGCGCACGUGAUGCGUGGCUGCAGAGUCACCAAGUUUGAUUGUGCGGGUUUCGAAGCUUUUGCUUCUCCAAAUUGUCCGUCUCUUGGGAUGGUCGGCGUAGACGUCAUCAUAAACGAAGAAGCUCUGCUGUUGCGUCAGGCUGCCUCUGCGUCUGCUGCAGCUCUUGCUGCUGCUGCAGGACCUGCCGCCUUUCGUCGGGGGCUGCCGGCAGCUGCUGCGCACGCGUCUUCUUCGUCUCCUUUUCCUCCCUCUGCGUUGUCUGCUUCCGGUACUCGCAGCGGGGGAGAGAACGUUAAUGAGGAAAAACAGGGAGGUCCAGAUUACGCGCAUGCUGCUGCUGCAGGCGGCUAUGCCGCUCCUCCUGGGGGUGGAGAAGGAGCAAGAGAUGGAGGUCUUAGGGUGUUCUCCAGCAUGGCUGAAAACAUCGUUGCCUUGCCGCUGACGCCGUUUCUUCCAAUGAGAAUUCUGCAGUUGCUCUUGUCGGGGGAAGCAUGUGCGAAGAAGACGCGGCUGUUGCACGAGACACGAGCAGCAGCCGGCGAGCACCAGAAGCUGCAGCAACGAGGAGGAGAAGCAUUAGAAAAGAGAGAAGCAGCAGACGCAGCAGGAAGCGAGAGGGAAGACGGCGGAGAGCCAGGGGUAUGCAAGACGAAGAUAAAGGGAGAAGCAGGCGAAGAAGGGGGACAUCGGUCGCCUCUUAGUGUAGUACUACUUCUGUACGGCUCUGGGACUGCUCCGGGAAACCCAGAGCUGCUCAGUACUAUUCAGAGAGGCAUAGAGAGAGGCGUCAACAUUGUUAUCCUUUCACAGUGCAGGCGCGGCUGUGCGAAUCUUCUUGCGUAUGAAAAUGGAGUGAGGCUCCACAACUUAGGCGUCAUCAGUGGAAAGGACUCAACUCUCGAAGCCUGCGUUGCCAAACUGUCCUAUCUAACUGUCGACCACUGCGACGCGCACUUUUCUCAGGCUUUUCAGAAAAGCUACCGAGACUUGAUAGCGGCAGCUGCUGCCUCGGGUCAGGUCAGGAGCAACAAUCGCUGCCAGAGUCGACUGGGCGGCAAAGAUGUGGCGUGUUGCGUGGCACACCUCGGCCCGCGGAUCGCCACUGUAUAUCCCUUCUGCGAAACAUCACCUACCGUAUGCGGUGAAGCCAAAGCCAUCAAAUGCCGCAUCGAUGAGCUGUCCUGGUGGUCAGGUGCGACUUCAAAUCGCACGGCGCCUCACGGCGCAGGGGUUCGAUUCCUCCUUCGGUGCGCCUGCUAUAUCCCAACAGAAAUGGAAGAUUCCAACGGAGAUGGUUUCUACCACUCCACCGCCGAGCCUGAGCGCCUCGGUCGUUACAGAAGAGCGGGCCGACGCCAGCUACGGAAGCUCUCCUUGACACCAAGUCUCACGGCGCAGAGUUUUCUAGUGAUUCUUCGCUGGAUAAGGAACGCACAUGGAGGUGUGUAUCCCGCGAAUACGCGGUUGUCGAAGUCCACGCAUCCGGAGCCUGGCCGACCCGCGCGGGCCUGCGCCGCGUGCCGGCCGACCCCACGAGAGGCCCUCAUCCGCGCAGGCUUGAGGAGGGAUGAUGGUGUCUCUGGCCGCUUCAGGGGGUGCCGGCUCCGCGUCGUGCGGCGGAAGGUCACGCGGGUUAAAGAGAAAAGUCGGGCGGCUCCUGCGGAAGGUCACGUGUUGCGCGUCACGGACCCGGCGGGGACGGCUUCGGCCCUUGAGCAGUGCGGUGUAGAUACACCUGAAGAACGAACCGCGCCUCGCUGCAAAGAUCAAGUUUUCGCAGCAGGAAACUACGCAGUCUCAUCGCGGCUGGCAUUCGCGACGUAUGAGACUGCAGAAGAAGCAAAGACAACUAUUGACGCCCUUGACGGAAAAGAGAUAUUUCCAGUGAGAAGAAGUCGCUCUGUCUUAGAAGAGCUCUGUUUUAGAAGGAGCUAUUUCAGCAGGACUCUACACACGUAUGCAUGCGUGCUGGCCUGCGCUAAUGUGUUGAAAUAUGAAACAGGACUGACGCAGUGGGAGAAGCCGCCCGAGUUGGAGAACGCUGCGCGUCCGGCUUCGCAGCAGCGCUCCUCCAUUGGAAUGCUAGGGAAUUCGGCUACUCGCUUCGGGCCUCCGGUUUCAUUAGGGACUAUUGCCGUACCUCUGCUGCUUGCCUUGGCUGCUGCCGCGUCCUGCUGCUGCUGCUGGUGUUGCUGCUCCUCUUUGCUGCUGCUCCUUGCUCGUGCUGCUCGCUGGUGCUCCUUGCUGCUGCUGCUGCUUGCUGAUGGUGCUUGUUGCCGCAUGAUACUGCCGCAUGUUGCUGCUUGCUGCUGCUGCUGCUUGUUGCUGUUGCCCGCUGCUGCUACUGGCUGCUGCUAUGCUGCUUUCUUGCUGCUGCUGCUGCUACUGCUGCUGAUAACUGCUUCUGCUAUUGAUUGCUGCUGCUUUGCUUCUGCAGGCGGUGAAUGCCAUCAGAGGCAUGCACGGCUUUUGUGUAGCUGGGCGGUUUCUUCGUGUACAACUUAA